AUGGUGUGUGGUACUUUUGACGAAGCCUUAGAAAACUUCUUCAAUCAAACCUACGGCCUGCAAAAGAUUCGUCUGGAGUGGGCCUAUGGGUUUUAUGAGGGCCUGGCAAGACACAGUGAUUAUAUCGCGUUGAAUGAGUUGAAAAAGAUCAUAGAUAACGAAAUGGAAGAAUCUUGUCACUGGCAUUUGCAGCAGUGGCUUGAAAAAGUGAAAGAACUCUUGAUUUUUUUGUCCGAGAGUGAAGAUAACCAGAGAACUAAUCGUGCGUUCAAAGCGAUAACCAAAGAUACGCUGGAAAACGUGUUCAUCUCAGUUGCGGGAGAACGGUUUGAGAAUAAAGUGAAUUUGUUGGUGGAAUGCGCUCUCGAAGUUAGUGCUAGGGCACUCGCUGAAAGUAAGAAGGAGGCCGGACUGAACGAUGGUGAGGUUCGCCUGUCGGCUGAACGAACAAUGGAACAAAGUGAACCGUUGGAGAAUGAGGGAAAAGUAAAACACAGUGAAGUGAACAAUGUUGAAGAUCUGUUCCGAACUGCUGGCCAACUCUAUGCCCAUCCAAAUUAA